AAUCUUACCAACAUGUGUAUACCUAGCUUCGUGCAUAGAAUUAUUAAUAUAAUAAUUACAAUAUAUAUGUCUUCACCUCAGUCCCAUUUAUCUGAAGCUUCUGAUGAUGGUCAUGACAAUGAUGACCAAGAAAACCUUGAGUCACAUGAUGACGGUGACAAUGUGGGCCAAGAAAACCUCGGGUCACACGACGAUCACGUGCCCGAUUCUUCCGGCGACGGCGAUGCCUCGGACAUGCCGCCGGAAUCAUAUUGCGUCCCGGCGGAUGCCGAGCAAGAUUGGUUGUACCGAAACGCGACAUUGUUGCGGAAGACGUCUAGGAAAAUGGUGUUUCCCCGUGACUUCAGUCACGGGAUAAAAUGCUCUCGCGCGUCGUUGAGCCGGAUGCGCAGUCUAUCGCUCAUUGCUUUUCCGGCCGCUCCUAAGCACUGGGCGGCGGACGGAAUCCAACGCCACAAUGGGGUGAGCUUGUUCCGGAGCCGGUCCGAACCGGUUGAGAAUUUGGUCGAACCGCCUUCUCCGGUCGUUACUUGUACCGGACGGGUCCGGUCAAAAAAUGGAAACGGGAAAACCGGGAUAGUCAAAUGGUUCGGGGCGGUUUUGAGAAUCGGGCUCGGUCGAAGAAGGCGGGAUUCGACCAAAGGAAAUCCGCAUAGCACAUCAUCUGGUUCAAUGAGUAUUGUGUCUAAACCGGUCUCCGGUCCGACAUAAGUUUAGACCGGAGGAAGGGCAAAAGGGUGCAACAACUGUGCAAG